AUGGCGGACGCGGCUCAAUUCGCGGAAAACGGCAGCGCCGGGGCGGCCGCCGACGGCUUCGACGGCGCCUUCUACAGCUUCGGCGGGCAGGGAGGGAGCGAGUCCUCGUUCGGCGGCGGCGGCGGAGGAGGUGGAGGAGGAGGAGGAGGACCCGAGUCGAAAUCCUCGGCGGCGGGGGCGGGCGAGGCCGGCGGCCAGGCCUCGGGGCGGGUGGGAGACGGGAGCCGGGAUCAGCAGCAGCAGCAGCAGUCGGCGGCGGUGGUGGCGGCGCCGCCGCCCCCGGUCAAGGAGGUGGAAGGCUCGAAGAUUAACGCCAGCAAGAACGAGGAGGACGAGGGGAAGAUGUUUGUUGGUGGACUCAGCUGGGAAACAAGCAAGAAAGAUUUAAGGGACUACUUUUCUAAAUAUGGAGAGAUUGUAGACUGCGUAAUCAAAAUGGAUCCUGUGACUGGGCGUUCGCGAGGAUUUGGGUUUAUCCUCUUCAAGGAUCCUGAAAGUGUAGACAAGGUAUUGAAUAAGGAACACAAACUUGAUGGGAGAGUUAUUGAUCCCAAGAAAGCUCAAGCUAUGAAGGGCAAGGAGCAAAUCAAGAAGAUCUUUGUUGGUGGUUUGGAUCCUGAUUGUCCAGAAGAAAAAGUGAGAGAAUAUUUUGGAACUUUUGGAGAGAUCGAAUCCAUUGAGCUCCCCAUGGACACGAAGACCAACAAGAGAAGAGGAUUCUGUUUCAUCACAUUCAAAGAGGAUAAUCCAGUGAAGACAAUAAUGGAAAAGAAGUUCCACGAUGUUGGAACGAGCAAGGUCGAAAUCAAAUUGGCCCAACCUAAGGAAGUGUACCAGCAGCAGCAGUGGGGAGGCCGAGGUGGAUUCACCGGAAGAGGAAGAGGACAAAGCCAGACCUGGAGUCAAAGCUACAACAGUAACUAUUGGAACCCAAGUUAUGGAAAUUAUAACUAUGGCUAUAACCAGAAUUAUGGUGGAUAUAGUGGCUAUGACUACCCUGCAUACAACUAUGGCUAUUAUGGUUAUGGACAGGGAUAUGGUGAUUAUAACAGUCAACCAGGCACCUAUGGUAAAGCUCCUAGGAGAGGAGGAGGAGGAAGUGGCCAAACUCAGUAUAGGCCUUACUAGAUGACUUGGCCUUUCUGAAGCUCUCCAUGAUCAAGGCGGCAACAAGCUAUUAUAACAAGAGGGAAUAGACAUCUUUUGAAAUCCUUUAAGAAGUGAAGAGACCUGUCACAGAUUUUGUUUUGCAUUAUGGGCAGUGUUGGAUCUGGUGGACUUUUUUGCGUUUCCUUUGUAAUUUUUAAAAUGCAAGUAAUAUUUGACUGUGACAUUUUUUUUGUAAAGGGGACAAAGUUCUUGUGUGAAGUUUUUAAACUAAUAUAAUGUACCACCAUUUAGUUUUACUGCUGGUGAGCACAUCGUGGAUCAGUGUGGCAGAUGUAAGGGGAAAAUGUUUUUUUUUGUUGUAUGAGCUCUGUGAAAUAUUUCCAUUUGUAACUCCUCCUGCGUGAUUAAAUAAAAACGUUUGUACAUGUU